AUGGCUGAGAUAUCCGACUCACACUUUUCGUCAACCGAGGAGGAAAAAGGUGUGCGGACUCCUCAGGCGACAGACGCUACUCAUCUGUCGGCCGGUCAAUCGCAGGACAGUAGUGCCACCCAGCAACUCCCUCCCAUCGAUCGCGGAAAAGAUGCCUGGUUUUUCCUCGCAGCAUGCUUCGUCAUGGAAGCCCUCGUCUGGGGCUUUGCCUUCACCUACGGAGUCUUCCAAGCCUAUUACAGCAAGACCCCCGAGUUCAAGAACUCCGGCAAUAUCGCCGUGAUCGGGACCUGUGCCAUGGGAAUCAUGUAUCUGGACCUCCCGAUCGUUUUCGCCGCCUAUAGACGUUGGCCCAAGUAUCAACGGCUCGGGUGUGGCCUGGGCGUCCUGGUGAUGUGUCUGUCUCUCGCUCUGAGUUCGCUCUCUACCAACGUGACCCACCUCAUCAUCAGCCAGGGAAUCUUCUAUGCCCUCGGUGGCAGCGUGGCGUAUUCGCCAUGCAUCCUCCUAAUGGAAGAUUGGUUCGAUAAACGCAAAGGGCUCGCCUUUGGCGUCAUGUGGGCCGGCACGGGGCUCGGCGGCGUUGUCCUCCCGAUCGUGAUGGAGCAGCUGCUGAACCGGUAUGGAUUCCGCAUCGCCCUCCGAGCCUUCGCCAUCGCCCUCUUUGUCCUCACGGCGCCACUGGUGUAUUUCGUGAAGCCCCGGGUGCCAGUCUCUCAGCGGCCCAAGGCAGCGCCGCCCAACCUGCGCUUCAUCAUCACCUCGACCUUUGCCCUCUUUGAGAUCUGCAACAUCGUCGAGGCCCUGGGAUUCUUCCUCCCGUCGCUCUAUCUCCCCACCUACGCCGGGGUCAUCGGCGCAUCGAGCAGCCUGCAGGCGCUGACCGUCAUCCUCUUCAACGUCGCGUCGGUCGUGGGCUGCGUGGUCAUGGGCGCCAUCAUCGACAAGCUCGACGUGACCACCUGCAUCCUCGUGUCCACCGUCGGGUCCACCAUCGGCGUGUUCCUCAUCUGGGGGUUCUCCAUGUCGCUGGCCCCGCUCUUCGUCUUCUCGAUCGUCUACGGCCUGUUCGCCGGCUCCUACACCAGCACCUGGCCCGGCAUCAUGCGCGACGUCGUCCGCAAAAAGAGCUCCGCCGAAUCCAGCAUGGUCUUCGCCUGCCUGGCCGCCGGCCGCGGCAUCGGGAACCUCGUUUCCGGGCCGCUCAGCGAAGCCCUCGUCAAGGGGAUGCCGUGGAAGGGCCAGGCCGUCUACGGCUAUGGGAGUGGCUAUGGCACGCUGAUCGUCUUCACGGGCGUCACUGGGGUUAUUGGCGGGGGAAGCUACGUGGCGCGCUGUUUCAGGUGGAUAUAA